AUGCAGGGCAGCACCACUUCGCCGAGGCGAGCCACGGGGGAAGCCAGAGGGAGUCGGACACGGAGAUACUUGAUUGACAAUCCACGGCGGAGGAGACAAACACCCGUUGACCCCAAUGUCAGCGACAGUGAAUCGGGCGAUGAACUCGACAAUAGCGAGAGCGAGGACGAGGAAUACUACUCUCCGCCUGGUUCCCAGCCUGGACAAGAGGGGCUUUUACAGGCUGCCCCACAACUACCACCACCACCGCCUCCUCCGUCGGCGCCGGCGCAACCUAUCCUUCCGUCACCCGACCAAGCAUAUCCGGAGCCCUCAUAUCCGUCAACGGAGCAGCCGCCUCCGCCGCGGCUCACCAGCACGAGCGCGUCUCAGAUCGUCCAGACCUUCACCGUCAGCGCUGCUCGGCCGUCGAUAACGAAGUCUCCUUUUGGAAUCGGCGUCGGGGCCGAUCUGAACGCGGCCCCCGCAUUAAAUGUUCAAGAUCCAGAGUCUGAUACAGAAACCGAUUCACCUACGAUCCUGCCCACAUUUACAGGUCCUUUACCUAUAUCUGCAUCGGUUACCGCUACUCUCGAGACCGUAAGGUUAACAUCAACUACGACUGUUUUGCCAACUGAAGACGCGUUUCCGCUUCCAGACAAGGAGUACUACAAGGAUGAUGAUCCCCCAUUCGACGAUGACAAGCCGAAGUUCCAGAGCAAAAAGGACGCCACGACAGAGCACAUUAUGAUUGGAGGUGGCUCGAUUGGUGCCUUCGUUGGUGUAUGCGUUCUGAGCUGGCUCGUCUGGCGGUUUGCAAGUCGGCGCAAGAAGCGGGGCGGCCCCUAUAGCAUGAGCGACGCGCCGUAUGGUUCACCUAGCCGUGGUAGCAUAUCCAGGCAGGCCCAAGUCGGAAAGUUCUUAGCAUCAGUUCCCUGGGUCAAGAACCGGCCAUGGGCACGGAAAUGGCACGCGCUCGAAGAUGAUAACCGAUCGAUCCCUGCCAUGACGGAAAAGCAGUCCACGGAUCAACAGCGGGAGGCUGGGGCGGGCCUUAGCGGGUUUAGUUUCAACUUUGGCCGCCAACCACCGAGUACUUCAGGUUCCCUGGGCAUGCCGCAACUGGACACGAAUGUGGGCGCAGCGCCUUACAACGUGGCGAACAUUAGCCCCGUCAGUUCGUUGCAGACCUCCACAUCUGCUAACCCGUUUGAUGACGUGAACGCCAUUCAACCCGCUCCUCAGCCGGCCGUGGUGGCGUCCCAUCAUCAACAUCAUGCAUCGGAGACCUCAAUCCAAGGGCAAUAUGGAACAUGGAUCUAUCGUACCAUGCCCGAUGGCGCAGGAUCUCAGCCCGGAACGUACAACUCGCAACAACGACAGGCAAAUAGACUGAGUGAGGUGUCGUCCCUGUCCUCGGGCUUUGGAGAUGGCGACAUCAUUAUUCAACAGAGUUGGCCAGGCCAAGGGCAAGGAACCAGUACAGCCGCCGCAGUCGUGGUCCCCCAGCCACCAGCCCCCGUGGCGCCUCCGCAAAGUGUUAGGGAGAGCGUGGGACAGAGCUCGGACGCCGGGUGGAGCAGACGCGACACGAUAUACACGCAGACGAGUGAAGAUCUUCCCCCGCGGUUCCGGAACAUCAACAGCUGGGUGGACCAGCAGAAGGGACGGAUCCAGAGGGCUGUCAUGAGGGCUAAGGACGGGCACACGAAUCAACAUAGCCCCGACGACGUGGUACCCCCGGUGCCGGGAAUCCCGGCAGGCUCGGGGCCGCAUGGACUGCCGCCGGAGCCGGAGCUGAGCAUGAUGAUGCCUGAUGGUGAAGUUCCGAGGAGGGUCGAGAUGUGA